AUGGGUUCCAGCUCUUCCUCCUAUGCCCCCAAAACUAUUUACCUGGAUGUGGAUGGAAAGGUGCAGAAGGUGGUGUUCAGCCGGCAUUGCAGCCCAUGUGACAUCAAGGAACUUCUGUGUUCAUCAUCUAACAUUCCCAGGAACACUGCCAUUAUGAUGGUGGAUCCAGAGGGUGCCUUGGUCUCCAUCGAUCCAACCAUGCCUACCAACUCUCCAAACUCUUUGUACAAAGUUGUUCCACUGUCUACUCCUCAGCUUGGAGAGAAGGAGGACAUGUUUCAGAACGUGCUGUCCCAAGUCGCUGAGCAGUUCAGCAGAGCCUUUCGCAUCAAUGAGUUAAAGACUGAGGUCACCAACAGGAUAGCCAUGUUGGAAAAGAGGGUAGAGUUGGAGGGCUUGAAAGUAGUGGAGAUUGAGAAGUGUAAAAAUGAACUGAAGAAGCUUCGAGACGAAAUGACUUCAAGAGGUGGUGGCAGGGUAAAUUGUCCAUGUAAGUACAACUUCUCUGAUGAUGGGAUGAAGGUCACUCCAAGACGAGAUGUCCCCAGUUACCCAAAGUACACGCUCUCUCAGGAGACUAUUGAGGCGCUGAAGAAGCCAACAUUUGAUGUAUGGCACUGGGAACACAACGAGAUGCUGAGCUGUUUGGAGUACAUGUACCAUGACUUGGGACUGGUGAAGGAAUUCAACAUGAACCCCAUCACCCUGAAACGCUGGCUGCUGGCAGUUCAGGAGAACUACCGUAACAACCCUUUCCACAACUUUCGUCACUGCUUCUGUGUUAGUCAGAUGAUGUAUGGCAUGAUUCAUCUCUGCAAUCUGCAGGAGAAGCUGACGCUCACAGAUAUGGGCAUUUUAAUGACAGCUGCAGUGUGUCACGACCUGGACCACCCGGGCUACAACAACACGUACCAAAUCAAUGCACGCACAGAGCUGGCAGUGCGCUACAACGACAUCUCUCCGCUGGAGAAUCAUCACUGUGCCGUGGCUUUCCAGAUCCUCUCUCUUCCCGAGUGCAAUAUCUUUGCGAAUGUAGAUCCCGAAGCAUUCAAACAGAUCCGAAAGGCAAUUAUCGCCCUCAUUCUGGCCACUGAUAUGGCUAAACAUGGAGAGAUACUAGAGUCUUUUAAGCAAAAAGUGGACAACUUUGACUUCACCAAUGAAGAACAUGUGACAUGUCUGAAGAUGGUUUUGAUCAAGUGCUGUGAUAUUUCCAACGAGGUGAGGCCAACUGAGGUUGCUGAACCAUGGGUGGACUGUCUACUUGAGGAGUACUUUAUGCAGAGUGACAGGGAGAAAUCUGAGGGUCUCCCCGUCGCUCCCUUCAUGGACAGGGAUAAAGUUACCAAACCCACAGCUCAAAUUGGAUUCAUCAAGUUUGUCCUUAUCCCAAUGUUUGAGACUGUCAUGAAGCUUUUCCCUCAGAUUGAAGAACUAAUGGUUCAGCCUUUGAGAGACUCUCGUGACCACUAUGAGGAACUGAAGCAGAUUGAUGAUGCUAUGACAGAGGCACAGAAGAAAAAAACUGAAAAUAUGUCAUUAGGCGGGAAGAAGAAGUAA